CACACACUUCAAUAGAUGUUUGACUCAAUGCAUGACUCAAUCAAAUCCAAUGACAACUAAUUCAAUGCAAUCGACACUCAAUUGAAUACACUUUGUAUGCAUUAGUGAAGCAAAGCAUCACUUAUUAGUCUAACCAUUCAUUUGACAACAGCUGUGAUCGCAUGUGUGGCCAUCGGAUCCACAAUCACACCAUCGAUUGCUUCUGAGAACAAGUGGACAAUCACUUGAUUCGUGUCCAUCUGUCACAUCACUAUCACUUUCCCUCAGUUUUGGUGUCUCUUUUGACUCAUAUUUUAUAGCUAUUUAACGGCCGAAGAGUUUAUCAAAAGUGUCACAAAGUGUGAUGUUAUCCUUAAAUGGACUUUGAAGACAAGUAUUGAAGAGUUGGACACAAUUUGGACACAAAUGGGUUCUUUAUUAUCCAUAUUUAGAGCAAAACGGGACACAAAAGCCUUAUUGGAGUCCAUCCACAAUGAGAUCGAGUCCAUCGAAGACUUGAAGGAAAGUGUUUCGAAACGCGAGAAGAACUGCAUUUGUCUCUUCUUCACUGCCUUUGUCAUCAUUUACACGAUCUCUGUAUUGGUUUUCUAUCGGUUCUAUCUUGUGGUCAAUUACUCCAAACAGAAUAUCAUAGAGAAUCUGCUUUGGCUCUUACCAUUCAUUGUCUCCCCAUUCAUGUGA